CCGCUCGGGCUCGUCAGAGACCCGCCGCCGCCAGCCAUCCUUCUUAUCCCUUGCCUGCCUGUCCGGUGGUCUCCUUCUCCAUCGCCGUUUCACAGCCGCAGCACCAUCGAUAAAAGCUAAGUGGUCAUUUUGGGACUCGGGGUUGGGAGUCUGGGCGGGAGCAAGGCGCCGGCGGCACAAGCUAGCGCGCCAUCUCCUGCGGCAACUGCCGCUGCUGCAGACACCCCUCCUGGGCGGGAGAGAACACUAUUAAGAGGCCCAGCGGUCCCAGCACCCAAGCUUAGAGUUAGAGCGUUUCUACCAAGCUUUGGUGAGAUCUUUGUGCUUGGUGAAGGGAGACUCCGAGAUCACGGAAAAAUAUCUCAUAUUGGAUAGCACUGACUUUUCCUCAGCUUAAUAGGGCAAGCGGCAGCUUUACCAAAGCUUCCUUAAACUCCUAACCAUGUCGCCCCCAACUGUGCCUCCAAUGGGUGUAGAUGGCGUGUCCGCAUACCUGAUGAAGAAAAGGCACACUCACAGAAAGCAGCGGCGCAAGCCCACUUUCCUCACUCGUAGGAACAUCGUGGGCUGCCGCAUUCAACACGGCUGGAAAGAAGGCAAUGAGCCGGUGGAGCAAUGGAAAGGCACAGUGCUGGAGCAGGUUUCUGUGAAGCCCACUCUCUACAUCAUCAAAUAUGAUGGCAAAGAUAGUGUGUAUGGACUAGAACUGCACCGAGAUAAGAGAGUUUUAGCGCUAGAAAUCCUUCCCGAGAGAGUGCCAACUCCUCGCAUUGAUUCACGUCUCGCAGAUUCCCUGAUUGGCAAGGCAGUGGGGCAUGUGUUUGAGGGGGAGCACGGCAGGAAAGAUGAAUGGAAGGGCAUGGUCCUGGCGCGAGCCCCCGUGAUGGACACUUGGUUUUACAUCACCUAUGAGAAAGAUCCGGUUCUUUAUAUGUACACGCUGCUGGAUGACUACAAAGAUGGUGACCUGCGUAUCAUUCCAGAUUCCAACUACUAUUUCCCUACAGCAGAACGGGAGCCUGGAGAAGUGAUCGACAGCCUCGUGGGCAAGCAGGUGGAACACGCCAAAGAUGAUGGGUCUAAGAGAACCGGCAUUUUCAUCCAUCAAGUGGUGGCCAAGCCGUCUGUCUACUUCAUUAAGUUUGAUGAUGAUAUUCAUAUUUAUGUCUAUGGUUUGGUGAAAACUCCCUAAAUUUAUCGUGCUUUUGCAAAAUGUGUGGAACUAUUCAAUGUAAAAUAUGUCGUGUUCUUGUAAUUGUGAACUUUUGAGAACAGUUUUGGUGUCAGAGAUUCAGGAAUUUAUUAUUACUUACUACUUAUUGUGCCUCUAAAUCUUAUACAUUCACUAGUUCCACAGUUUUGCCCAAGUGUACUUUGGUAUGUAUGAUAUUGCCUUGUUCUGUAACUGAAAAAUUUUAAGUGGGUGCUAAUAGAAAAAUUGAAAAGUCUUUAUUACUAUUAGAACAAUGAAAAACUAAAGAAAAAUUAAUGGUGUGACCCCACACCAUAUCCUUCCCCCCUUUCCCUUACCUUCUCUCUUUCUUCUCCUCAGAUAACAAGUGUUAAGAACAUGAUGAAGAUCCUACGUUUUUUUCAAUCCUUUCCCAAAAAGUUUGUUGCAGUUGUUUCUGUAAAAAAUGACAAGCCGCAUCAUUUCUCUGUCAUUGCUUUUCUCACUUGGCAUUCAUGAAAUUCCUUCUGAUCAGUAGAUGCAGAUAUCUCUCCCUCUCCCUCCCUCUCUCUAUCCUUUUUCUUCCCCUCCCCUACCUCCCCUGAAUUUAUUUUUGUAUAUAAUAUUAAGAUACAGAUCCCUUUAUACAUUUUGUUCACAUUGGAUACCUGAUCAUGCCAUCGCAUUUAUUAAGUACCUCAACCAUUUCCCUCCCACUCUGGAAUUUGUUUUUGCAUGUGGUAUAAAAUUGAGAUUUAAGUAUACAUUUUAUUCAAGUUGGAUACCCAAUUGUGUCAUCACAUUUAUUAAAUAAAUCAUCUAUUCUCUCUCUCUCUCUUUCUCUCUCUCUCUAUCUCUGUCUCUCUCUGUCUCUCUCUCUCUUCCUGCUUCCAACAGCUGCAUACACAAUAUAUAUUUAUGUACUAAAAUGAUAUUUAACUGCUCAAUACAUACUGGUGCUUUUAUUUCUAUAGGGUAGAUUCCUAGAAAUGGGAUUGCUAGGUAGGCUGAUAAUUAAAUUUAAAAGGCAUUGCAAAAUUACUAUUUAAAAUGAAGGUUCUCAUUUUCCAGCAUCCUCUCCAGCACUCUUUAAUUUUUGCAAAUCUGAAAGGUGAAAAUUUGUUGUAUUGUCUCUUUAAUUGGCAAACUCAGUGAGGUUUUUUAUUUGUUUUAGGGGGUUUGUUUGUUUUGCCUUUUGGACUUUUAUCUUUUGUGAUUUGCCAGUAUUUACCUUAUGUUCAUUUAUCUAUUGAAUCUUUGAUCUUUUCCUUAUAAAUUUGUAAUAAUUCUUACUAUAUUUGCUAUAUGGUGCAUAUUAAUAAUUUGUAGCCCAUAUGUGUUAUGAUUUUUUGCAUCCUAUCAUUAAUCUUGACUUUAUUGAUGGCAUCUUUUACUUUACAGUUUUUAAAAAAAUUUUAGAUAGACUACUUUCUCCUUUUUAGAUUUUUUUUUGUCUUUUUCAGAUAAAUGUCUCAACCCCAAGUCAUACAAAUAUACACCUGCAUUUUUUUUUCUAAAAAGUUGAGGUUACAAUAUUUCAUCCAACUGGAAAUUAUUUUGUAGAUGGUAUAAAAUAGAUGUCCAACUAUACAUUUUGUUUACAUUGGAUAUCUGAUUAUGCUAUCACAUUUAUUAAAUAAAUCACCCAUUUUCAAGUUUUUGAGCCAAGUCACAUUAUUUUAACUAUAGUGGCUUAAUCUUAAAUUUUGGACUCUGGUAAAGCAAGUUACCUUUCAUUAGUGUUUUUUUUUCUUCUUUUUUUAUAUAACUUGUCUUAGACAUUCAUUCUUUCAUAUGAAAAUUAAAAGCAUUCUUUCCACAUUUUUAUAUAUAUUUAGAGGAAUAUGUUAAUAAUAUUAAUCCUAACAUUCAAGAGUUUGGAUUCAUCAUUAAAAUCUUUUGUUUUUGUAAUGUUAUUCAUCUAGGUUCAACAUAUCAGAUUAAAUUUAUUUCUAAAUAUUUUUACAGUUUUUGUUACAUUUUGACAUUCUGAAUGGAGUAUUUACUCCUGCUUAUUUGUAACUUGUUAUUUUUACCAAUAUAGACAAACUAUGGAUUUUUUUUUUUUUUACUUUCUGUUUAAUCAGCUUACUAAAUCUUGUAAAUUACACUGGGUUUUUAAAAUAGAAUAUUUUUUACUUUCUAGAUGUACAAUCAUUUCACCUGCAAAGAGGUAAUUUUAUUUUUCUAAUGUUUACAUUAAUUAUUAUUACAUUUACUGGAUUCUCUAAAACAGUGUUGAAUAAUGAUCAUGGUAGGCAUGCUUGUCUGGUUCUUUAUUUUUAUGGAAUUGUUUUUAGUAUUCCUUAUUAAUAUGACAUUUGUUUUUGUCAUUAACUAUUAACAUGUUUAGGGACUUUCUUCUCUUCGUGUUUUAUAUAACAUUAUUACUAAAACUGGCUCAUGAAUUUUAUCAAAUGUCUUUUCAGCAUCUAUUGAUAAAAUUUUAAGAUUUCCCCCUUAAAUUUGUUGACAUAUUGAAUUAAAGUGACAGGAAUUUGAUGUUGAAUCAAAAUUCUAUUUCUGGAAUAAAUUCUACAUGCUCAUGCACAGUGUAAUAAUCAUAUGAUAUAUUGCUGGUUCUUAUUUAGAAUUAUUGCAUUUGCAUUUCAAAGUGAAAUUGUGUUUGUCUGCACUGUCUUAGGUUUUUAAAUUAAAAUUGUGCUAGCUUAGAAAAUUAAUUGGUGAGUUUUUAAUAUUUUUCUGUUGUCUGGAAUAGUUUAAAUAACAUUAGAAUUAUUUGUUCUUUAAAAAUUAGCUAGUCCUAAGUUGUAAAACAAUCUAAGCCCAGUGACACUUUUGAUGGUAGAUCUUUAAUCAACUUUCUUAAUUCUUCAGUGGUAAUUUGUUUAUUCAAGCUUUCUAUUAAAACAGAAUGUAUAUUCUCUGUGAAAUACAAAGUUUAAAAUUUUACCUAUCCUCAUGCUUCUUGAUUGUGUUAUUCAGAUAUUUUAUGUACUUGAGUUUUGUAUAUGCACAUGUCCUAGAUAUGUUCAAUUCUGAAAACAUUGUAAUAAAGUCAUAAGCUAUCACGGUGUUUUAAA